AUGGUCCUCGCUGCAAUCGUCCAGUUCUGUGCACGUCACAACGUGAAAGACAACACAUUGCGCUGCGUGGAUGCGAUAAAAUGUGCUGCCGGUAAAGGUGCCAAAGCAAUCUUUCUGCCUGAAGCCAGCGAUUUUAUUGGCCAAGGUGACGCCUACAACAGGCUGUCUGAGCCAUUAGAGAGUGGCUACUUCAUGAGUGCAGUCAGAGACGCCGCGAAAGCGUCAGAGCUUUGGGUGUCUGUGUGUGUCCACGAAGCCGGUGGCUCGGACGGUCGCUGCUUCAACACCCAAGUACUCAUCAGCGACAAAGGUUCUAUCGAAUCUUCUUAUAGGAAGAUACACCUCUUUGACGUGAAGGAUGUUGGGCCUGGCAAUACGCCAGUGCUUGAAAGCGCUUCCACAGAGCCUGGUAGGCGUGUCGAGCAGCCGCGUCACACGCCAUUCGGGAGAACCGGCAUGCUCACCUGCUAUGAUCUGAGAUUCCCAGAGGUCAGCUUGAUGCUGAGGGAGAAGGGUGCCGACGUCAUCACAUACCCCAGCAGCUUCGCAGUGAAGACGGGCAGGGCGCACUGGGAAACACUUCUCAGAGCCAGAGCUAUCGAGACACAAUGCUAUGUGAUAGCAGCAGCACAGGCUGGCGUGCACACCCACGCCGGUAGAACAUCCUAUGGUAGAUCCAUGGUUGUUAAUCCCUGGGGUGGGAUUGUUACGCAGCUGGGCGCUUGCAAUACAGAUCCCAAGCCAUACGAUGAUACCCAACCUCUUCCUGACACACCUACUGAAAUCGCUUACUUUGACAUCGAUCUAGAGGAAAUACAGAAAGUACGCGCUGCAAUGCCACUCCAGCAACAGCGUAGACAUGACAUUUAUGCUGCUUGA